AUGUCCUCAUUAACACGCACUCAACUAGGUCAGGUCCAGACAGCCUUUCCUUCACAAACACAACCAGUCCCCAUUCCCAUGUCAGCUAUCAGUGCUUCAUCAGGAGCUUCAAACUCACAAGAGGGCUCACCACUCAUGUCUCCCGACGCUGCUGUUCUAACUACAUACUCCUCCGUCCAGCCCUCGCCUGAGCCCAUGCGAGGUAGGGAGGAGGAGGCAUUCCCUUCAAGCUUUCAGUUGCCCGAAUCCGUGCUCUCCCGGAAGACGAGUACAAACUCUCUUGGAUACAAUGCCAUGUCUGAAGUCGCCAACAACAGCAAAGGAGGUCUCAUUCGCCGAUUCUCAAACCGAGCCCACCGAUUUACUGGUAGAAGACGACCGUCCUCUGGUGCCCCUACCAGCCGUGACGGAAGUGUUGGCCCCAGCAUUCUCAGACGCCGUAGUGACAGCAACGCCACAGCCCCCCAGGAGAACAGCGCCCUGACGGAUACUGAUGAGGAGCCUGAGGUCAUCCCCGACGAUUGCAUCUCUAUGGUUGGACUCGAUGGUGCUACCAACACCUCAUCCGCCAACAGCACUCAUGGAUCCAUCAGCGCAAGCGCUGGUGCUAUGGCUGGCCCAGUGCUUCCGGCCGAGCUUCGCAAUGGAUGCCCAGUGAGAAAGGUUUCGAAGAAGAGUCGACCCAAGAGAAUCAACCUUGUAUACGAGACCGAAUCCAACAAGCUUUCCUGGGAUGCCACUCGACCUCAAAAGUCUCUCCAUGUCGAUGAGAUUAGAGAAAUCCGAACAGGUUCAGAUAUCCAACAGUACAUCAUCGACUACGGCCUGGGCGAGGAGGCAGCCAAGUACAGCGACAAGUGGUUUACUAUCAUUUACACAGUUCCCGAGAACUCGAAAACAAGAUUUCUGCACAUUGUCACAGACAACACUAAGAGCUUGUCACUUUGGACAGAAUUCUUGGACGCCAUGUUGAGAUACCGUCAAGAACUCAUGACAUCGUUGAUGGCAUUCAACGACCGUGCUGUUGCCCAGUACUGGCAAACAGAGAUGGCCAAGGAGUUUGGUGACCAGGUUCGCAGCCCCGAGCAAGAGGAGAUGAACAUUGCCGGAGUGAAGCGUGUGUGCCAAAACCUUCACAUUUACAGUUCACAAGCGACCCUGGAAGUCAACUUCCACUUGUCUGAUUCGCGACGACGACAAAAACUAAACUUUAGGGAGUUCAAGGACUUUGUUCGGCGCAUGAAGCAAAGGACCGAUGUUCAACGAAUUAUCCGUGGCUUUGCCGCCAACCCCGAGUUCGGUCUUACCUCGACAGAGUUCCUCACCUUUCUCCGUGACAUCCAAGGCGAGGAUGUUGAUUCCAAUCGCGUUGCCUGGGAGAAGCUGUUCUCUCGGUUCUGCCGUAAGUACCGCAAUGAUGAGGUCGACCUUCAAGAAAACGCCGAGAUUAUGUCCGAAGCCGCCUUUGUUGGUUUCUUGACGUCAGAGCAUAACGAUGUGAUCCAACCCGAGCCUCAAAACAUUGUCCUGGACCGCCCGAUGAACGAGUAUUUCAUUUCAAGCUCCCACAACACCUACCUCCUCGGUCGCCAAGUUGCUGGUCAGUCUAGCGUUGAGGGCUACAUCUCAGCUCUUGUCCGGGGAUGCCGAUGUGUUGAGGUCGACUGCUGGGACGGCUACAACGGCCAGCCCGAAGUUAAUCAUGGCCGCACCAUGACGACUUCAAUCAGCUUCAAGGAGGUUAUGACCACCAUCAACAAGUACGCUUUCGUCAAGUCCAAGUACCCCCUUUGGAUUUCACUCGAGGUCCAUUGCAGUCCGGCCCAACAGGCGACAAUGACGGAGAUCAUCAAGGAAUGCUUCGGUGCACGAUUGGUCACGGAGACUUUGGAGGCGUUCCCCGAUAAGCUCCCUACCCCUUCCGAGCUGAUGGAACGUGUCCUCAUCAAGGUCAAGAAGCCUCAGAUUAAGGAAGAGCCUGUUUCCGUCGGCAAUGACUUCCGUGGUCGACGAAGGGGUAACAGCCUCAACUCACCUAUGAUGCGACCCUCGGCUCCCGAUGGCACUCCUUUGAUGCCCUCUCAGUCCCUUCCCCAGAGCCCUAUGUUGACACCCAGCCACUCCUCGCGAAGAUUGGUCAGCAAGACCCGUGUCAACACUAUCACCGAGGGCCGUGUUCAGGAUAUGAUGAGCAGCAGCACUAGCGACAACGAGAGCGCAGGUGAACAGCCAGCCAAGAAGGCCCCCAACAAGACUGUCAAGGUCCUUGGUGAACUGGGUGUCUACUGCGCUGGUGUCAAGUUCUCUGGCUUUGACACAGUGGACGCGAAGCAGUACAACCACAUCUUCUCCUUCAUGGAGUCUAGCUUUGCCAAGCACUCCCGUGCUAAGGACCAAAAGAUGGCACUUGAUAUCCACAACAUGCGUUACAUGAUGCGCGUCUACCCCGACCGAACCCGCAUCACCUCCAACAACUUCGACCCCCUUAUCUACUGGCGACGCGGUGUCCAGAUGGCCGCUCUCAACUGGCAGACAUUCGACCUCGGAAUGCAGCUCAACCGUGCCAUGUUCGAUGGCAAGGAUGCUUCUGGCUACGUCUUGAAGCCCGCUGAGCUCCGAGACAUUCAAGUUCUCCCCUACAACUCCGACAUUGCCGAGGGCAAGAAGGAGCGCAGCGUUGUCUCGUUCAGCAUUGAUGUCAUCUCUGCCCAACAGCUUAUGCGACCUGCCAACCUUCCCGCCAACAAGUCCAUGGACCCCUACGUGGAGAUCGAGAUCUUCCACGCCAACGACAAGCGCGAUAAGAAGGAGGCUGAUUCUAACUUGGUCAUGGAGCACGACUCGCCCCUCAAAGUCCAGACUGAGGUGAUCCGCGAGAACGGCUUCAACCCCAUGUUCGACAAGCAGUUCAAGUUCAAAGUUACCACCAAGCACCCUGACCUGAUCUUCGUUCGCUGGUCGGUCAAGCUCUCCAACGAUGGCGAGAGCUACAAUGAGCGCCCUGCCGUCGCUACAUACACCGCCAAACUCACAAACCUCAAGCAGGGCUACCGCACCCUGCCUCUCCUCAACCAUGCUGGGGACCAGUACCUUUUCUCUAAGCUCUUCUGCAAGAUUAAGGUCGACUCGGUCCAGAAGAUGUUGAUCGAUGCUCCUCGCCGCACCCAAGACGGAAACAAGCUCAACCGUCUUGGUGGCAAGGUCUUCAGCCGAAUCAACACCAGCCCUAAAAGUACCAUUGAAAAGUCUAGCUCCGAGAAGACGAGCUUUGACAGCUAUUGA